AUGGUGAGGACGUUUGUCUUGGCCCUGAUUUUUCUCUUUUGUGGGAAAUUGAGGGCCAAUGAAACUGGUCCACCAGAGUUUGCGGGAAGGGCUACUGGAGCUACUCUGGACAUUGCUGCUCCAGAUUAUUGUACUAUACAAGUAUACAAGCACAGAAUACAUCAUGUAAAGACACCCUCCUAUACAGCAAAGUCUGAUUGUUUUAUAGACAAGGUGGUGGAAGGAGAUACCACCAUCUGCGAAUGUUCUCCCAAGGGAGCAUUCAUCAAAGUCACGCAUUGUUUUAUAAAAGAUCUACUUGAUCUUAUCCAUGUAUAUACUAUAGAUUUAAAUGGGACAAAGAAUGCCCAGUAUUUUUAUAAGGGUGGUAACCAGUGGAUAUCCAUAGAGGAAGAAGAAUUUUAUGACCACUUUAAUGCACUAUCAAUCACCAAACAUGAAUUUAAUGACAAGAUACUCGAUAUCUCCAAAGCUUCUAGUGAUUUGGAAUUGUACGUUAAUGAAUCACCCAAGUCCCCCUUUGCAGUUUAUGGAACCAGAAGCACAUGUAGAGUCAAGGAAAUUAAGACCAAAAACCGUGGUGGUACUACCAUAUGGAAGAGAGAGAAUGAUGAGUGGUGUACCAAACUCACUUUUUAUCCCAGAGAGGGAGAUCAUAAACUCCUCUGGAUAGUCACCAAGGACCCAUAUGAGAAUGAGAAUAUCCUCUACUACUCCAAGAUGAGUGGGUCAUGGAAGUCUGUUGACAAGAAUGGGUAUCUGGAAGACUUAAGUAAGGCUGGCUUUGACAGGUCAACCUUUGAUGAUAGGGUUACUCUGGACAUAUCCAAUGUAGACGAUCAACUCUUCUUCAUUGACAAAUACCAAGUUGACAUUGUAAUAAUGAACAGCUACCAUGUUCUUCCAGGAUUUAGAAUUAACAAGGUUGUUGACAGCCAGGAGAUUAUUUGGGAGUCUUCGGACGACCGAUUCUCCAUCCAUUUGAGAUUUAAUGAAAGAGGACCAAAGAUUUCACUUGGUGCUCUAUUUACCACGAAUACCAAGAAGGAAAAUAAAAUUAUCUAUUAUAGCAAACUUGGUGGAAAGUGGGUGACUAUAAGUAAGGAUAAAUAUGAGGACAUUUUAGCCGGCAGAGAUGAUCCAAUGUACACCCACAAGGGUGACGGUAAAAUUGUAAUGAGUAGUUUUAAUAAUAGGCAAGGCCUCAGACUUACAAGUUCUGCCUCCAAAGUAGAAAAUGCCAAGGGAGACAUUAUUCUUGUCCAUGGUGUUAGUGGAUCAUUUACGGUUGAUUUUUGUACAUUUGACAUGGACUGGAGUUAUGAACAAUAUGGUUUCGAGAUAUUCCCAUAUUGCAGUAUUUUUGAUGAUCCAGUGACUGUCAAGAAGGUGUCUAAUGCAGAACGCUAUAGAUCUUACUUUGAGUACAAGACCCUAGAAGGAAUUGACCAGCUGGACAUUGUUCGCAGGUCUCAGUAUAAGGGCACAUUCAUAGAGGCCCUUAAUAGACUUGGGUAUAAUGUCUAUGGUUAUGACCACCAAUCACAUGGCUUUUCCGAAUCCAAGACUGAAAGAAGAUGCCACGUUGAGAAGUUCAUGGACUGUAUUUAUGAUCUUAUUCAGUUUGUAAGCAUAAUGAGGAGGGGUAAAUUUGAGGAUCCUAGUGAAAAGUGGGAUGAAAAGGUAGUCUUCAAUAGCCAUGAGGCAGGCAGAAAGAUCCUUCUCCUUGGCCAUUCCAUGGGUGGAAACGUGGUAGUAAGAGCUAUAGAAGAGUUUUACAAGGAGAUUAAGAAUCCAAAGGCUAAAUUUGUAGACGGUCUCAUUGUCACCUCUGGAAUGUUAAAUGUUGAUUCAUACUUGGAUAAAUGGUACAAGAAGGUAGCAAGACCAAUAUUAGAACUUGAUGCGUGCUGUCAGCCUGAGAAAAAGGCCUACUUUCAAUAUCCGUAUGACAUUGCUCUCAAUUUUGAGAGAUUCGCAGAUUACCAUACUGAUAUGCUCUACUAUAGUAAUACAUUCACUAGAAAUACAGCAACGUCUCCUUUUAGUGCAUGCAGAAAGGUUAUGGAUGACAAAAGAACCAAGUUUUAUCCCAAAGAUUUACCAACAUUAUUUGUCCAUAUCAGCAAUGAUAACCACUGUGAUAUAAAGGGUCAAAAGAAGAUGGUUAACGAGAAACUCAAGGAAAGCAAAGUUACAAAACUAGUAGAGUUAAUUGGUUGUGGACAUCAUCUGCCCGCAUCUCAGACUGUCCCUAUUUUGGUACCAUUGUUGAGAGAGUGGUUAAAUGAAUACUUUCCAGAGAUGAAAGGCGGGGCUAAACUUUCACAGGUUCCCUCAGAGGUUCAACUUGGAGAGAGACCAUUACAAGUUACUCAGAAGAAACUCCGUAAUGUUGUACCUAAAGAAACCGUUAAAGGACUAGAAGGAACCACUCUGGACAUCUCUUCUCCGGACUCUUCUUUAUUCUCUCUAGCUGGUGAUCGGAUUCAUGGAGUGAAUCAUAGAGCUUUUGUCCCCAAGGAUGGAUCUUCUAUAGUAUCAGUGGUGGAUAACGGAGAUACGCUUUGGACUGCUACAGACACUCAAGAAGGAUGCACAGGUGCCUAUCUCUUCUCCAGGGAAGGACACUCUUCUCUUCUUAGUGUCUAUACAAGGGGUGCCGGAGAUGAGACCUUUUGUUUUGAGAAAGUUGAUGGAGCAUGGAAGAAUGUGGACAAGAGAUACUUCGAACGUAAGCUUCGCUCAAUGAAGGACUCUUCUGCACCUGCUGGUGAAGAGCAUAGGGAGGAAGAUACAUGA